UGUUAUUAGCUUUAACUCACCUAAUAACAGAGAAAGUUCUUCUAAAUUUGUUGGUAAAAACAAAGGAUUUUAAAAUGGCUAAUAAGAAAAAUGGACAAGUGGAUGUUAGCAGUAGUGCUCAAAAUGACUCCAAUUUGAAUGUUUACUUAAACUCCCUUAAAAUCUUGCAUGAUGAGUUUCAUGAGAGGAUCGCAUUCGCUAAUGAUAAACUGGAGGGAGGGGGACAGGGGAGAGAAGAAAUUUAUGAAUCCGAUAUACAAGCGGCACAAGAUGACUAUACAAGGAGGAGAAAGAAUCUAUACAAUUGCAUUUAUUGUAAGAUAACUGAAACUAAUCCAGAAUUAAACGUAAAGUACAAAAAUGUCGUUAAGAAGACAGAGGCAGAUCUAACUCAAAACAAUUCUAGAUUAAACGUUGAGUAUGAAGUGGUCGUUAAGAAGACAGAGGCAGAUCUAACUGAAAACAAUUCUGGAUUGAACGUUGAGUACGAAGUGAUCGUUAAGAAAACAGAGGCAGACCUAACUGAAAACAAUUCUGGAUUAAACGUUGAGUACGAAGUGGUCGCCAUGGAGACAGAAACAGAUUUAUCUGAAAACAAUCUUUUUUUGAACAUAGCAUGUAAAGAGUUCAAAAAGGAGACAAAGUGAUAGACAGUAUA